GUUUGUCGCCACGCAAGUGUUCCACGUAAAAUGUAUCGCAAAAAGCAGAGUGGCAGGGCGAUUUUGGAGGAAUCUGAGCGGAAGCAGCGGGUCUCGAUCAGGUGACCAGCUGGGCCGGCAUGUGUAGGUAGGAAUGCGCAACUUAAUGACUUCAGCCGCUCGAUGCCGCAUGCGCCCACCUCCAGCCAUUGCAUUGCUUGCUUGUAUCAAAAGAGGAGGCACCGCACCGCUCCGUGCAGACCACUAGCCAAGAUAACAUUGCUGCAGAAACAGCUCGUCCGACCGAAUCCUGUCAUCCACAAACAUGCCAGAGUCCGCCACAUCGUACAUGAACGGCUUCUCGAAGGACGCGACAAGCGAGGGCCACGUCGGGCAGACGUUCCUAUUCUCCUCGGAGAGCGUCGGCGAGGGCCACCCCGACAAACUAUGCGACCAGGUGAGCGAUGCCGUUUUGGACGCUCACCUCCGGCAGGAUCCGAACGCUAGGGUGGCCUGCGAGUGCGUCACCAAGACGGGCAUGAUCAUGCUGGUGGGCGAGAUCACCUCCAAGGCAAGCGUGGACUACAACAAGGUGGUGCGGGACACGAUCCAACACAUCGGCUACGACGAUUCGUCCAAGGGCUUUGACUACAAGACCUGCAGCGUGCAGUUGGUGCUGGACGAGCAAUCGCCCGAGAUAGCCAGCGGCGUGCACCUGAACCGCUCUGACGACGACAUCGGCGCAGGCGACCAGGGCCUCAUGUUCGGCUACGCCACUGACGAAACCGAAGAGUGCAUGCCGCUCACGGUCGUGCUCGCCCACAAGCUCAACGAGAAGCUGUCCGAGCUGCGCCGCAAUGGCACGCUCUGGUGGGCCCGGCCCGACUCGAAGACUCAGGUCACCUGCGAGUACAAGUUCGACGGCGGCGCCUGCGUCCCCCAGAGGGUGCACACCGUCGUCGUCUCUGCUCAACACAGUGAGAAGGUGACGCGGGACCAAGUUCGCAAGGACGUGAUGGAGUUGGUUGUCAAAUCCGUCAUCCCUGACAAGUAUCUGGACGCGAACACUGUUUACCACAUCAACCCGUGCGGUGACUUCAUCAUCGGCGGCCCGCAAGGCGACGCCGGCCUCACUGGCCGCAAAAUCAUCGUGGACACGUACGGCGGGUGGGGUGCGCACGGUGGCGGCGCCUUCUCUGGCAAGGACUUCACCAAGGUGGAUCGCUCGGCGGCGUACGCGGCGCGUUGGGUGGCAAAGUCGCUGGUUAAGGGUGGCGUGUGCCGCCGCUGCCUCGUGCAGGUCUCGUACGCUAUAGGCGUGGCCCAGCCAUUGUCCAUCACCGUCUUCGACUACGGCACCUCUGGCAAAACGGAAACCGAGCUGCUUGACAUCGUCAACAAAAACUUUGACCUGCGGCCGGGCCACAUCGUCAAGGAUUUGAACCUGCGUAACCCGAUCUACCAGCGUACUAGCACCUACGGACACUUUGGACGCGACAUCUUCCCAUGGGAGCAGCCCAAGCAGCUGAUUCUAUGAUGAGGAGCUGACAGAUUUCCUUCUCUCAGAGACCAUUGUGACUUUUAUUCCUUUCCUCAUGUUUAUUCGACACCCUCCUGAUCUUUUGUAUGGCGGAUUAGUAUUUUUUUCGCGGCUCUCAAUUCCGGUCGCAAGACGCUCUUUUGCUGUCAUGCUCCACCACGAUGAAACUCGAAAGUAUCAAUUCAAAAGUGCUUUUUCACAACCCCCGAAUUUUAACGCUCUCUCCUUUAGGGAAGAGGAAGUUUUUCUUAGUGUUAUUAUCAUCAGUUAACUAUUUUGCACGCGAACGACUUGAGUGAUAAUUUAAAACCGCACCAUUAUGAGGCACACUGUCUGUAUGAGUAUUAUGGAAGAUUUGUUAGUAUUACUACUAAAGUGUAUGAACUUAAGCUGGAUAUCAAAUUGGUAUUAAUUGAGCAGUAUUACGACGAACUUAAAUAAAACCAAAUCUUAGCUGGAAA